AUGGGAAUAAUCAGCACAAUAUUGGGUGUGUUUGGUUUCGGGUUCGGAACAACCAUUGGAAUCGUCAUUGGUUACUACUUGUUCAUCUAUUUUCAGUCUACUGAUGUUCAGGACCCCGAGAUCAAGCCACUGGUGGAGUUAGAUUCAGAGACUAUAGCAAAAAUGUUCCCUGAAAUACCUUUGUGGGUGAAAAAUCCUGAUUUUGAUCGUAUUGACUGGCUUAACAAGCUCGUUGGCCAUAUGUGGCCUUUUUUGGACAAGGCGAUUUGUAAGAUGGCAAAGUCAAUAGCAAAACCCAUUAUCGCUGAGCAAAUUCCAAACUACAAAAUCGAUUCAGUUGAAUUUGAAAUGCUCACUUUGGGUUCAUUACCACCAACUUUCCAAGGAAUGAAGUUUUAUGCAACUGAUGACAAAGAACUGAUCAUGGAGUUAUCAGUGAAAUGGGCAGGGAAUCCUAAUAUCAUUGUUGUAGCCAAAGCAUUUGGCUUAAAAGCUACUAUUCAAGUAGUUGAUUUGCUAGUUUAUGCUACUCCAAGGAUCACUCUGAAGCCAUUAGUCCCAUCAUUCCCCUGUUUUGCCAACAUAUUUGUCUCUCUUAUGGAUAAGCCACAAGUUGAUUUUGGACUGAAGUUACUAGGUGCAGAUGUAAUGGCCAUUCCUGGCUUAUACCGGUUUGUCCAAGUAAUGACGUUUUGGAAGCUGUUUCUUUAUCUUUUUCCAAUCUAAACAAACAGUCUUGUUCAGACCUAAAACUAUGUUCCUUGGAUUCACGUCUUAUUCUAGGAACUCAUUAGAGAUCAGGUUGCAAACAUGUAUCUAUGGCCAAAGACUUUGAAUGUACAGAUAAUGUAUCCUUCUAAAGCUAUGAAGAAACCUGUUGGAUUGCUUAGUGUGAAGGUCAUAAAGGCAAUAAAGCUUAAGAAGAAAGAUCUUCUGGGCGGAUCAGAUCCUUAUGUGAAAUUAACACUCGCUGGAGACAAGGUUCCUGGUAAAAAGACAGUUGUUAAACACAGUAAUCUGAAUCCUGAGUGGAACGAAGAAUUCGAUUUAGUUGUCAAAGAACCAGAGAGCCAAGAACUACUGCUCAUUGUUUAUGACUGGGAACAGGUUGGUAAACAUGAUAAGAUAGGAAUGAACGUGAUACCACUCAAAGACCUUACUCCUGAGGAGCCAAAACUCAUGACCCUUGAGCUAUUAAAAUCAAUGGAACCAAACGAGCCACCUAGCGAGAAAUCGCGUGGACAGCUUGUUGUGGAGGUCGAAUAUAAACCCUUUAAGGAUGAUGAGAUUCCAGACAACUUUGAUGAUCCAAAUGCAGUAGAGAAAGCACCAGAAGGCACACCUUCUGGUGGUGGCUUGCUUGUGGUCAUAGUUCACGAAGCUGAGGAUCUAGAAGGCAAAUAUCACACAAACCCUUCUGUGCGUUUGCUAUUCAGAGGAGAAGAGCGUAAAACAAAGCGUGUGAAGAAAAACAGAGAACCAAGGUGGGAUGAAGAUUUCCAAUUCCCAUUAGAUGAGCCUCCCAUAAACGAUAAGCUUCACGUUGAAGUCAUCAGUUCUUCUUCAAGAAUGGGUUUAAUUCAUCCCAAGGAAACUCUCGGUUACGUGGUGAUAAAUCUUGGUGAUGUUGUGAGUAAUCGGAGAAUCAACGAUAAGUAUCAUUUGAUAGAUUCCAAAAAUGGUCGGAUUCAGAUUGAGCUUCAGUGGAGAACUUCUUCUUGACUUCAAAUGUUUCGUUUCUUAGGGUUCACGAGACAAUACUCUUUUUGUUUGCCUUCCUUCCUUUGUACGUAAAAAUUUAUAUAGUAGCAUAAAAUAUGCCAUAAAAACAUAAUGGGCCUCGCGCGUAAGCCUUUUUGUUAAGAUGGGUUUAUACUAAUUACUGUUUGAAUUCUU